AUGCUUCGGCCGAUAUCGCGCAGGUUCAAGCACCAUCGGCGAAAGUCGCGCUACGACGUCGCCGCCACCCCCGCGUCCAACGUCCCGCAGCGCAGAGCCGCGAACGAGCUCAAACGGCGAGAAGACGAGGCCGCGGAGAAGGCUCGCGCGUCGCUCGCGAGGGCCAUCGUCCGCGAGCGCAGGAAGCGAGCGGAAGGGCGGAACCGCCGGCGAUGCGCCGCCGUCGCGCGAAGCGCGGUCGGGGACGUCGCCGUCGUGGACCUGGACGACUUCAAGCGUUUCGUGCGGCGCGGAUUGGAAACCGAGGGCGUGGACGAGCGAGAGAUCGUUCGCCUGUAUCGAUGCUGCCUGCAGUCCGGAAAGCCCGGGAGCGGACGCGUCGCGAUCGCGGACGCGCUGGACGUGGACCAGCUCGCGCGCGCGCUCGCGGAGGGACGGUGGCGGAAACUGUGGGACAAAUACGCCGCGGACGCGCGUCGCCGCGCGCUCGAUAAAGGGUGCGUCGGCGCGUCGUUCGCGGUGUACGGGAUCACGAGCAAGGACCCGCUGAGCGCGCCGAACUUCCCGUCGAUGAUAACGUCCAUGUCUUGGCCGUUUUCAUGGCUCGCGCUGGUCCUACAGGUUGCGUUUCUGCCGUUGCUCGCGCCGCUCUCGUCCAAGUUGCCGUCGACGGCGCGCGCGAUGUUCCUGACGCGGUUCGCGUUGCCUCCGAACCUCCGCGCGUAUCGCGGCCCGUUCAGCGACUCCCUCGCGGUCGUGCUCUACGUCGCCCCGCUGUGGUGCGUCGGCUUCGUGUGCGUCGCCGUCUACGCGGCGUACAGACCGGAGUAUUUGAUGGGCGAUUGUCUGUAUCCCGCGCUGUUGUCGACGAUGCUGGUGUCGUUUUUCGCCUCGUGCGUCGUCGCCGCCGUCGGCGAGGGCACGCGCGAGCACCCGUCGAGGACCGCCGGCGGGGCGCUUCGGCCGUCGCACGCGUUCCCCGGGGGUCGAGUCGCGCUGCCGGACGGCGAGAGCCGGAUCGUGCAGCGGCACCCGCGGACGGACGCGGUGAGCGAGCGACGAAAAAACGCCGCGAGGGACGCGAGAGAGGCGAGCGCGGAGGCGUCCGCCGCGGGCGCGGGGGGGAUGCACGGGCAUCGCGGCGGCGGAAUCGGAAUCGGAAUUGGAAUCGGAACCGGCGCGCCGUUUCAUCUUCAUCGCGCUGGAUCGUCGUCGGUCGCGGUGGUCGCGGACGCGAACGCGCCGAGGCCGGUGUCCGCGGCGGCGGCGGGUCAGGCGAUGGGAUACGACUCGGCGAGGGAGGCGGCGGGGGCUCCCGUCGACGCGAGCGCGAGCGCGAACAUCGCGCGACGGCCGGUCGAGAUCCCGCGCCCCGCGUCCGCGGCGGUCGGCGGCGGCGACGACGCCGCGGCGGCGCACCCUUUCGGCGCGGCGUCGGCGACGGCGUCGGCGACGGCGAGCGAUCGCGGCGGCGGCGGCGACGAAACCGGAAUCCUUCGCGGAGGAGGAGCCGCGCGUAACGUCACCAUGGGCGGCGCGACGAACGGUCAGGGCGCGGUCGUGGGCAAGCGCGGACGAAACGUCCCGACGUCAAAGCGCGGGGCGGCGCGAUACGACGGCGGCGUCGGCGGCGCGAUCGUCGGAGGGACCGUCGGAGCGACGACGACGACGUUUCCGCUCGCCGCGCGCGGCGGCGGCGCCGCCGCCGUCCACGGGUUGCGCGUCGAGCCCGUCGCCGCCGCGCGAAACGACGCGGCGAGGGAGGCGAAACGUCGUGACGGUUCGCAUACGAAACUACCCGGAGAAGGCGGUCGCGGUCUCGACGACGUCCUGAAGGUUGUCUCGGAGAAGGACGUCGCGGACGCCGUCGUUCGCCGCGCCGCGGAGGAGGCGGCGGAGACGCCAAUCUUCGGCUCGAAAAAGCUCUCCUUCUGGCCGACCGUCUUCUUACUCCUCGUCGCGUUCGCGCUCGCGUGCGCGCCGGCGACGUACCGCGGCGUCCACGGCCAGGCCGUCUUCGGCGGUCGCGAGCGAUCCACCGUGUGCGUGGACCAAGUCAUGCCCGCGUCAGGCGCGUUCUUCCUCACCGCGCCGGUCCCCGCGCUGACCGUGAUGGACAUGAUCGGCCUCACCCGGUGCGACGACGCCGACGUCGACGCGCUCGCCGCCGAGUCCGCCGCCCCGCCCGUCGGCGACGACGGCAGCGAGGUCGGCGACCUCGCGCUCGUGAAGACGGAGGACGACCAGACGAACAGCGCGGCCGGGCACGUCGUCGUCGGCGCGGGCGUCGUCUGGAUGACGGCGGCGGCGUUUAUCUUUUUGAAAAUCGCGCGGUACCUCACGUCGCGGUGCUACGCGCACUACCUCCGCGCGCGGCUCUUCGCGGCGUGCGCGGACCCGUCCGAGGCGCACCUCAUGGACGUGCCGUACCUGAACGUCCGUCACGCCUACCUCCCGUGGCUGCGCGUCCGCGUGCACCUCUCGCGGUUGCAGCAUCUGGAGAGGCGAUGGACGGAGCUGCUACUCGCGCACGCGCUCCUCGCCGUCGUCGGGCUCGUGACCGCGGCGAUGCUGGCGGCGGCGCGAGUGUUCACGACGCCGACGGAUUACCAGGCGCGUUCUGUACGCUGGUUCCCAUACGACCGCGUUCGCGUGGUGAACGUCGUUUCUUAA